AUGAUUCUGAGGUGCCUGUCGCUGCUCCAGAUCCAUCUGGCAUCAGCUCUGAAGAGCGGAGCGCCUGGAGCUCAAGCGUCUCGCAGAGUAGUGCUUUCUCAUGUUCGAGAGACGAGGAGGGCAUUGCUUCACCGCCGCAGAAGGUCGCAAGUCGUAACGUAUUCGGACCCGCGCAUGGAUACGCUCAUACAUCAAAAUUCAGAUAUUUCUGAGAGCCUUCGGAAGAGUCCGGCCAAG